AUGAAAGAAGACGAGAAGUCGCCUCUCGAGACCGUUAAGAAAGAGUCUUCAGAGGUCAGCUCGCAGCAGCCAGCGCCAGAGACGAUGGUGGACGAGAAGAAGUCAGACGCUCAGGGGGCGCCAGACGAUGGCAGCUACACCAGCGGCGCCCGUCUGGUCGUCAUCAUGGUCGCCGUCCUCAUGUCUCUCUUCCUCGUUGCCCUAGAUCGUACUAUCAUCGCUACAGCGGUGCCUGAGAUCGCCAACCAGUUCCACGCCCUGAACGAUAUCAAUUGGUACGCCAGCGCCUACCUGAUCACCAGUUGUGCCACGCAGCUCUCCUGGGGCAAAGUGUACACCUUCUACUCGACCAAGUUUGUCCUGCUCAGCGCCAUCGUCAUCUUCGAGGUCGGCUCUGCCCUCUGCGGCGCUGCUCCAAACUCGACCGCUUUCAUCGUCGGCCGCGCCAUCGCAGGCACUGGUUCGGCUGGCAUCUUCUCAGGCACCACCGUCGUUAUCGCCCAGGUAGUGCCUCUGAGGAAACGUCCCGUCUAUGUUGGCAUGAUGGGCUCCAUCUUCGGCAUUGCCUCAAUCAUCGGGCCUCUCAUGGGCGGUGCCUUUACCGACAGAGUCACCUGGAGAUGGUGCUUCUACAUCAAUCUCCCUAUUGGAGGUGUAACCAUGGCUGUUCUCGUCUUCCUCCUGAAUGUUCGCUCCAAGAAAGAGUCGACCUCCUGGCAGACGCAGCUCAACCGCCUUGACCCUAUUGGCAGCGUCCUCUUCCUCCCCUCGGCCACCUGCUUCCUCCUGGCCCUCCAGCUAGGCGGAACCUCGUACCCCUGGAACAGCGGCCGCAUCAUCGCCCUCUUCGUCGUCUCAGGCGUGCUCAUGAUUGCCUUCGUCGCCGUCCAGAUCUGGAGACAGGAAGAUGCCACAGUGCCGCCCCGUAUCUUCUGCCAGCGCAGCAUCGCCAGCGGAACUGCCUUCUCUGCCUGUGUCGGUGGCGGCCUCAUCUCCAUGCUCUACGCUCUGCCUAUCUGGUUCCAAGCCGUCAAGGGCACCACUGCCGUCCAGUCAGGCAUUGAUACCAUCCCCAUGGUCCUCUCCCUGGUCGUCGGAUCUAUCCUUUCCGGCAGCAUCAUCACCGCCACAGGUCACUAUGUUCCGUGGAUGUACGUCUCGACCGUCCUUAUGUCAGUAGGUGCUGGCCUGACCACUACCUUCAAGCCCGAUACCAACCACUCCGCCUGGAUCGGAUACCAGGUCCUGUUUGGUUUCGGUAUUGGCACCGGCCUCCAGCAAGCCAGUCUGGCUGCUCAGACCGUACUCAACAUGAAAGAUCUCUCGACCGGAGUUUCUCUCAUGUUCUUUGCCCAGUCUCUCGGUGGUGCCCUUUUCGUUGCCAUCAGUCAGUCCCUUUUCUCUAACGCCCUCGCCUCCAACCUGGCUCAGGUGCCAGGUCUGGAUGUAGCAACAGUUCUGGCUAGCGGUGCGAAGGAUCUCAAAAAGGUGGUCCCUCUUGACAAGUUACCUCUGGUUCUGCCCCUUUACAACAACAGUUUGAGGAGAUCCUUCAUUGUCUCCCUGGCUGUCUCCUGCCUGAUGAUCCUUCCUACCAUUGGAAUGGAGUAUCGCACCAUCAAGAAGAAGGAAAAGGCCCCAGCCCCAGAGGCAACUGAGGCUUAG